AUGAAAAUCUUAUAUUCCCUGAGGAGGUUCUACCACGUGGAAACGCUCUUUAAUGGAACUUUCGUUUUAGCUGGUCGUGACCAAGAAACCACCGGCUUUGCUUGGUGGGCUGGGAAUGCCAGACUUAUCAAUUUGUCCGGUAAACUACUUGGAGCUCAUGUAGCCCAUGCCGGAUUAAUCGUAUUCUGGGCCGGAGCAAUGAACCUAUUUGAAGUGGCCCAUUUCGUACCAGAAAAGCCCAUGUAUGAACAAGGGUUGAUUUUACUUCCGCACUUAGCUACUCUAGGUUGGGGAGUAGGGCCGGGGGGAGAAGUUCUAGAUACUUUUCCUUACUUUGUAUCCGGAGUACUUCACUUAAUUUCCUCCGCAGUCUUAGGCUUCGGUGGCAUUUAUCACGCGCUUCUGGGACCCGAGACUCUUGAAGAAUCUUUUCCAUUCUUUGGUUAUGUAUGGAAAGAUAGAAAUAAAAUGACUACAAUUUUGGGUAUUCACUUAAUUUUGUUAGGUCUAGGUGCUUUUCUUCUAGUACUCAAGGCUCUUUAUUUUGGCGGCGUAUAUGAUACCUGGGCCCCCGGGGGGGGGGAUGUAAGAAAAAUUACCAAUUUGACCCUUAGCCCCGGUGUUAUAUUUGGUUAUUUACUAAAAUCCCCUUUUGGGGGAGAAGGAUGGAUUGUUAGUGUGGAUGAUUUAGAAGAUAUAAUUGGGGGGCAUGUAUGGUUGGGUUCCAUUUGUGUACUUGGCGGAAUUUGGCAUAUCUUAACCAAACCCUUUGCAUGGGCUCGCCGUGCAUUUGUAUGGUCUGGCGAAGCUUACUUGUCUUAUAGUUUAGGUGCUUUAUCUGUUUUUGGUUUUAUCGCUUGUUGUUUUGUCUGGUUCAAUAAUACGGCUUAUCCAAGUGAGUUUUACGGGCCCACUGGACCAGAAGCUUCUCAAGCUCAAGCAUUUACUUUUCUAGUUAGAGACCAGCGUCUUGGAGCUAAUGUAGGGUCUGCCCAAGGACCGACGGGUUUAGGUAAAUAUCUAAUGCGUUCCCCAACGGGAGAGGUUAUUUUUGGAGGGGAAACUAUGCGUUUUUGGGAUCUUCGUGCUCCGUGGUUAGAACCUCUAAGGGGCCCCAACGGUUUGGACUUGAGUAGGUUGAAAAAAGAUAUCCAACCUUGGCAAGAACGACGUUCAGCAGAAUAUAUGACCCAUGCUCCUUUAGGCUCUUUAAAUUCCGUGGGUGGCGUAGCUACCGAGAUCAAUGCAGUUAAUUAUGUCUCUCCUAGAAGUUGGUUAGCGACCUCCCAUUUUGUUCUAGGAUUCUUCUUUUUUGUGGGCCAUUUGUGGCAUGCAGGAAGAGCCCGAGCUGCUGCAGCAGGCUUUGAAAAGGGAAUUGAUCGUGAUUUGGAACCUGUUCUUUACAUGACCCCUCUUAACUAA